AUGGCAGUUGGACGGUAUGCUGGCAGCACGGCGAGCAGAAGGCGGCGGGCGAAGCCGAAGCCGACACCGCUGUACGCCAACUUCCUCGGGUUCAUUGCAGUCGCUGGUGCUGACCAGCAAGGACACGGGUGUCUGGUCCACGUGUGGCUGAUCCUGCUCAACCUCAACCCGAAGGUCGAGAUCGAGCUGCAGAAGCCGCCUCGGUUGUUCGGCGACCCCAGCUACGUGCCAACGACGGAUGACGUGGGAGGCCUCGUGUAUCUGGAAGCCGUGCUGCGAAAAAAUCUACGCUUGGACCGGACCCACUGGUGCUUCAACGCCAAGGACUCGUGGUCGGACACGUUCGCGAAGAAGGGUUGUUUCGGGGACGAGUGCAAUGGGGCGUCUAAUCUCCAAACGCCCGCGGUGUCGACUGCACCACCCAGAGCUCGGAAUCAGUAA